GUGUGUGUGUAUAAAGCAUUUUUAUUAUUUAAGCAUUUCAUAAACUACAUUUUACUGUAUGCAGUAACAACCAAAUAAUGACGGCACCACUGCGUGCUGUGGACUCAGUGUUCAGUGGUGCAGUAUGCGCAUUUUGGACAGAUCCACCAUCACUGAUGUCGCUUUAUUAGGAGAUCCCGGAAGUGUAAAGACUGCUGCGCAAUUGGGCCACAGGGAGGCUGGGAGCUGUAGCGCAAUUCGGACAGGAGCCGAAUAAGAGAUUCGGGAGCAACCAAUUUAAAGGAGAUCCAGCUAAAGGCUCGUCACUCGCUAUGGAAGCUCUAGUUGAUCGUCUGGAACACGCUGUGAAUCGACUCGAGGUGGUUUCAGACAAGCUUCGGGGUUGCUCUGGGAACUUGUCCAAUGGCGAGAUGAACGGAUAUCAUGGUGAAUCCCAGUGCAUGGAUGCAUUUGACAAUUUACUGAGAGGGCCUCUGUCGGAAUACUUGAAGAAUAGCCGGACUAUUGGAGGAGAUGUGGCAAAACAUGCUGAGAUGGUACACAGUGCCCUGCUGGCACAGAAGACUUUCCUCAAACUGGUCAUCACACACCAGGAGCCUUCACAGACAGAGCUGGCAGACCUCCUCAGGCCCAUCUCAGAGCAGAUUGAGCAGAUCCAGAACUUCAGAGAGAAGAACCGCGGCAGUCGUCUGUUUAACCACCUGUCUGCUGUCAGCGAGAGCAUUCCUGCCCUGGGAUGGGUGGCAGUGAAUCAGAAACCGGGGCCCUAUGUGAAGGAGAUGAACGAUGCUGCUAUAUUCUACACCAACAGAGUCCUGAAAGACUACAAAGACAUCGACCCUUGCCAUGUGGAGUGGGUUCGCUCCUACCUGAGUAUCUGGACUGAACUGCAGGCUUUUAUUAAACAGCACCACACCACUGGACUCGUCUGGAGCAAGACCGGUCCAAUAGCUCCAUCAUCCAUGCUCGUAGCUGAACCUGCUACUCCCUGCCCUCCACCUCCACCUCCGCCUCCACCUGCGAUCACAGACGAUGAUCCAAAGCCUGACCAAGGUGCAGCUCAGCGUUCAGCUCUGUUCGCCCAGCUUAACCAGGGAGAGAACAUUACUAAAGGAUUGAAGCAUGUAUGUGAUGAGCAGAAGACCCAUAAGAACCCUGCUCUUCGCUCUCAUGGUGGGACAAGCAAGGAUUCUUCUUCAAAAGGCACAGCUCCCAGCUCCUCUACUCCUACACCAGCUAAGAAAACAUCUCCAGUCCUGGAACUGGAGGGCAAGAAGUGGAGAGUGGAGCAUCAGGAACAGGUACAUGAUCUGGUAAUAGAUGAAACAGAGCUGAAACAGGUGGUUUAUGUCUUCAGCUGCAACAACUCCACGCUUCAGAUUAAAGGCAAAGUCAACUCCAUCAUAGUGGACAACUGCAAGAAGCUUGGCCUUGUGUUUGAGAAUGUGGUUGGCAUUUUUGAAAUCAUCAACUCCAGAGACAUCCGGCUCCAGGUAUUGGGCAAAGUGCCCACCAUUUCCAUCAAUAAGACAGAGGGAUGCCACGUCUACCUGAAUAAGGAGUCUCUAAACUGUGAGAUUAUCAGUGCCAAGAGCUCAGAAAUGAACAUUCUGGUUCCUCAGGAAGAUGAUGACUAUAGAGAGUUUCCUGUGCCGGAGCAGUUUAAGACCGUUUGGGACGGGUCCAAACUGGUGACGGAGCCAACUGAGAUUGCAGGCUGAUUGACAUUCAUUUUCACUUCUACUGUAUAUCUCUGCUGGUAGCCUCCAUUACCUGUAUCUAUCACUGUACUCUCAGCACACAACCUUUUAUAUGCCUAAAUUAUAGCUAUUGACAAUUUAGUGUAAGAAUAGAGCUUGUCUCCAUGCUAGAAAUUUAUGAUGAAGGUUCAGAUUUAACCACAAUAAUAACCACAAUUUUUUUAUUGUUUUUUUUUUCCUUUUACCAAUUUCAGGAAUAUGUAUUUAUUAAUUGCAUUAAAUCUGCCCUAGUUUAGGAUGUCAUCCCUGACUAAAAGCCUAAAUCUAUUCAAAUUAGUCCAGCACUAAGAUCACUGGUGAUAACGACGAAAACUACUUUUUUUAAGGCACUUUUAAAUCUCAUGAAUCAGUUCUAUCCGUUAUGUGUUUUUCUGUUACAUGUAUUUCUAAACUUGUUUUUGGUUUUAAGUAAUAAGAAGCUUGAGAUUUUAAAACAAGUUUUAGCAAGACAGAAGCGAAAAAAAUUUAAUAUAAACUUGGUGGAUGUGAGUAUCUGGCACUUGGUGUGCAAACAAAUGUGUGCCUCAAGGAUAACUUUUUUAAUCUUUUUUUUUAAUUUAGCAAUUAUUUCUAGUCUACCAGGUAUUUUGCUUAUUUUUUGGUAUCAGCCACAGUGUGUUUCAUUAAAUGGUUUACGCAAUAAUGUACAGUCAACCUGUGCCAUCAUGGACAUACACCGAAAUAACAUUACUACACACACACACACACAUAACCAGAUAUUUAUCUCUUGAUGAUAUCAUCUGCAUAUUGUAACCACUGUAUCUUGCUGUUUCAAGUAUAUCAACAGUAUUUAAGAUUUCUCUAGGGUUUAUUUCUUUGGUGAUGCUUCAAUCCAAGCUGAAGUAUACAAUCCACACACAGAGCUGACAUAUAAAGACACAACAAAUGAUCUCUUACCGUAUGGGAUUUGAACUCAUAGUAAGGGUCAGAGUCAAGAGUCACUUUAAUCAUUUUACCUCUUAAUUUCACACAGGAGAGGUGCGCAAAUCUAUGUCCUUAAUAUGGCUAUUAAGUAAAAUCUUAAAUGCAUCAUCUGAAGCCACAGAAUUUUUUUAUAUUGUUCCUUGUUGUUAAUAGGGGCCAUUCUACCUUUGUGUUGUACUGUUUGUGAAAUCCUCUACGGUCAAUAUAUUUAAAGGGAUUGUUUUCACCGUGUUUUUCACAUAAGCUGUGAUGGUGUGUAACAGAUCACAUAAAUUCACCCAAGAGAUAGGACAAGUACAGGAAAGCAUUUUGUAGACUGACUUCACCAGUAUGAAGCCUAGGCCUGGAGAACUUGUAGAACUUUAGCUGCUCUGCAUUAAAAAAGCUAAAUGUACGUAACCGUUUGUUAAAACCAAGGUAACUAUUAUUAGGAAUAAGAACUAAUCUGUUCAAUGUAAAAAUGUUCAAUGUUCUGCACACCACUCAAAUAAACACUGUUUUAAGAGAAAGAAGACAGCAUGUUUUCACACUAGUCCUACAAAUAAAACAUUAUGAAUCUC